CUCCUGGAAGAAAACACGUGGGAAGGCAGAGAGAAAAGGAGCUUCCGGAACAGAAUGCUGCAAAGGAUAAUAGUGCAACCCUUACGGCUAGGAUGCCAUGUCCUCUCUGUUUCUCGGUGCCUCCACCGGUCUUCCCGGAGCCACAUCCCCCUCAUCCCCAUUGUGGUGGAACAGACGGGCCGUGGUGAGCGAGCUUACGACAUCUACUCUCGCCUUCUGAGAGAGCGCAUUGUCUGUGUGAUGGGUCCAAUUGAUGACAGUGUGGCAAGUUUGGUCAUUGCACAGCUGCUCUUCUUGCAGUCAGAAAGCAACAAGAAACCCAUUCACAUGUACAUUAACAGCCCAGGUGGUGCGGUAACAUCUGGACUGGCAAUCUAUGACACCAUGCAAUACAUCCUGAACCCCAUUUGCACGUGGUGCGUGGGGCAGGCAGCAAGCAUGGGCUCUCUGCUUCUGGCUGCAGGCUCACCGGGCAUGCGCCACUCCCUGCCCAACUCCCGCAUCAUGAUCCACCAGCCCUCAGGGGGGGCACGGGGCCAGGCUACAGACAUUGCCAUCCAGGCUGAGGAAAUCCUAAAGCUGAAGAAACAGAUCAACAGCAUCUAUGCCAAACACACCAAGCAGAAUCUGGAGGUGAUUGAGGCGGCUAUGGAGAGAGAUCGUUACAUGAGUCCAGUGGAAGCCCAGGAUUUGGUAUCUUGGACAAGGUACUUGUCCAUCCUCCGCAUGAUGGAGAAGACGGCCAGAGCUGGUACGAAGGAGCCUCCACCAGGAGCCAGUCCUCCUCUUCCUCGGCUGAGCCCUGAGAGAGCCAAGCAUCCUCUGGAUCUUUGUUGUGUUCAGGCUAUCUAG